CACAUGCGGUCGCGCUCAACUGUCAAUCGCCUCAAAAUGUACAAAAGUGGUGGUCGGGCCAUCCGUGAUCGCAAGGGCAAGAUUAUCUCUGCGGCACCCUUCCAACGCGCCGUCUCGUCUGGCACAGUUGCCCGGGUUGAGCCGAACCGUCGGUGGUUUGGCAAUACACGCGUCAUCGGCCAGACCGAGCUGGAAAACUACCGUGAAGCUGCCAUCGAGGCACGCAAGGAUCCGUACACUUUUAUCAUGCGUGAGAGCAAGCUCCCCAUGUCGCUCCUUAAGGAGCCCGCCAAGGCCAAGGCGGUGGACAUCUUGGCUACCAAACCUUUCGAUCAGACCUUUGGCCCCAAAGCCCAGCGCAAGCGUCCCCAGCUUUCUGUGGGCAGCAUGCAAGACUUGGCCAAGCACGCUGAGACAACAGCCGAGUCAUAUGACAGUACCAAGGAUCGCGAUUUGAAGCAGAAUGAGGUUUCUGGCGAGAAGGAGCACGUGCGCGAUUGGAUCUUUGGCGCCGGCCAAUCGAAACGUAUCUGGAGCGAGCUCUACAAGGUGGUCGAUGCCUCCGACGUCCUCAUCCAGGUCUUGGAUGCCCGCGACCCGCAAGGCACGCGCUCUCCUCACGUGGAGAAGUAUUUGAAGGAGGAGAAGACGCACAAGCAUCUCAUUUUUGUUUUGAACAAGUGUGAUCUGGUCCCCACCUGGGUGACGACGCGCUGGGUCCAAGUCUUGUCGGCAGAAUACCCGACUUUGGCAUUCCAUGCCAACAUCAACAACUCGUUUGGCAAGGGUGCUCUCAUCCAGCUGCUGCGUCAAUUCGGUAAACUGCACUCGGAAAAGCAGCAGAUUAGCAUUGGUUUGAUUGGGUAUCCCAAUGUCGGCAAGAGCUCCAUCAUCAACACGCUCAAGGGUGAAAAGGCUUGUAAGACGGCACCCAUUCCUGGUGAAACCAAGGUGUGGCAAUACGUGACGCUCAUGCGCAAGAUCUUUUUGAUUGAUUGCCCCGGCGUGGUCUAUCCUAGCGAUGACUCGGAGACGGACGUCGUUCUCAAGGGCGUCGUGCGCGUGGAGCAUCUGUCAGCUCCCGAGGAUCACGUGGCGGAAAUUUUGCAGCGGGCCAAGCACGACUACAUUACGCGCACCUAUGGCAUCAAUGACUGGUCGUCAGAUGAUCACAUUGACUUUUUGGAAAAGCUGGCCAAGAAGUCUGGUAAACUGCUCAAGGGCGGUGAGCCUGACGUGUCUACGGUAGCCAAAAUGGUCUUGCAUGACUGGCAGCGGGGCAAGAUCCCAUACUUCAACCCUCCGCCCAAACUGACGGACGAGCAGAGCAAGUCACGCCCCAACUUCAUGGGUGUCGAGCAGAAGCUGCACACCAUUGCUGUCUCCAACAAUUACGAUGCGUCUGAUAAGAAGGGACGUUCUGCGACCGACCCUGAG